UAAAGCGCACACACGCGGCCAAGACUCUCACAGACUCACAAACCAGUUUGAUUUGACUCCCUCCCUCGCUUUACCUUUGUGAAUAGUUACCGAGGCUUCUUCACCCGCCAUGGAGGGCUCCUCUUCUCAGCCCUCUGAUUCAAAUCAGACGGCUUCUGGCGCUUUUAAGUUCCUCCAGAACCUUCCCUCUCGCGGCCUCCUCUCCUCCACCUUCCUCUCAUCAAAUCCGGGUGGGAUGCGCGUGUAUGUUUGUGUCCGUGACACAUCACCCCCAGAGGAUCAACAUAUACAGACAAACCAACAAAACAUAUUGAUUAGAUCACUUACGCUUAAGAAACAGAAGGGAGAAUCCAGUUCAAAGGAUGUGAAGGGUGCAGGUGCAGCUGAAGGUUCUAGGAAGAGGGUUGCUGAAAGAGUUUUGGAUAGCAAAACUUCAGCUAAGAGAGCCGCUAGUCAAAGUAGUUCUCGACAAGAGGGAUCAAGCAGCAAUCAAGCAUCUAGUAGGGACUUCCAGGGGUUAACUGUAGAGAGGCUCCGUGCCCUUCUGAAGGCUAAAGGUCUUUCUUUAAAGGGAAAGAAGGAUGAGUUGAUUGCACGACUGAAAAGCUCUAGUUGAUCGUAGUUCAGACGGUGGGGUAUCAAUUUCUGUUUUCUGUAUGUGUACUCUUCUAGGGGAAGGAAAGUGGUUUGCUUUUUUUUAUAUAAUUUAUAUUUGUAACUUAGGAAUGAUGUAAGCUGGAAUUAUCGAUCAUUUAAAAUGACAAUGACAAGCUUAGAGACUGAGAAAUGCAUUUUGUAUCAUCAUGUUCUAUAAAUUUUUUGGUCAAGACA